GCUCCUCCGUCUGGUGCUCGUAGUUGAAGUGAGCAGAGUUGUUGGUGAUCUGCUGCUGGAUGCAGGGCCGGGGAGAGUUGAUGUUGCAGCAGCUGAAGGGGACUCCAUCUAUCAGGUGUCGGCAAUAUGUUUCAGUAAAGAUACCAUGAUCCCACCACGUGAACUGUCUCAUCCUGGUGUUGACCCUGUGGUCUGAGGUCAGAGGGUCAGGGAUCAUGUUGGAGACAGAGGGUCAGUGGUCUGAGGCUUUGGCCAGCAACAACAUCAGAGCCAUCAUUGGCUGGCUACGGAGGCUUACAGCUGAAGGUGAUGUUGAUGUGGAGGAAAUCCUGCUGACCUUUAGCUGCUGGCUACAGAGGACGUCAGAAUUUGCUAAAAAGGAAUUAUUAACCUUAUGCUUCAGUCGUUGCCAAGGUUUAUGGAUGUUUCUGGACCGGAGCUCUUUCACCCGGGUGCACAUGCUGCUCCAAAGACUGAGGAACCUGCUCACCCUGGCUCAGUGGGCAAGGCGGGAGCUCACUUCAGCCCACCUAUGGCAUGGUGUGGGGGUCCCAUGUGUGGUCUGCAGGGACACAUUCGGCUCCCCAGACAUUAGACGUGGCUGCUGGAAUCGGGAGCACAGGGCUCUGAAGCAGCACAUCUGGCUGGGACGGCUGGUUCAGUGGUGGGGCAUCAUGGGGCUCCUGCCCAAGUAUCCUGAGGCCCAGGAGGUGAAGCGUAUCUCUCAGAUGUGGAGGGGAAUGGAUCACAGGCAUCAGAGAGCUUAUCUUGAGGCACUUGGAUGGGAUGAGGGAGGGGUGGAAAGAUGGAGCUCUUUCAUACAGGGUAUGGUGACUCAUCUGGACAAGCAGCAUGGAUACAUUUGGACCUCUGAGGACUGCACAGACCAGUGCUACCCUCCACCUAAUCUGCAGGCCCUGCUGAAGCUCGUGCUGGUGCCUCGUGUUGACAACAUGUCAGUCCAGGCAAUUCUCAUGUAUUUUAUCCUGGACAUGGCUAAUUUCCUGCAGUGCAAAGACGACCUCCUCCAGUCUUUCUGCCAUGCUUUCACAAUUCCCUCCAGCUUUUCCCAGCAAAUCAGGGCGUUCUGGAUGCUUGAUCAUGGACACAUCAAGGCCUCCAUGGAGCUAUUGUUGAGUCCCAGGGCUGCUGUUCCCUGGCUCCCCUGGCAGCACCGUUGCAUCAUCCGUUGUCUCCUGAUGAAGAAGCAGCCUCACUUGGCGUUGAGGUACCUCCAAUGGAUCAGACCUGGAAUAGAAAGCACUGAAGACGCCAAGCUCUGUGCAGACGUGCUACUUCAAAACAGCUGUGUCUCUGAUGCCUGGGCUCUGCUGAAGAGAGGCCACACAGAGAGAGACGACAUGGUCCUGUACUUUUUGCAGGCUUGUAAUGGAUUUGGCCUGUGUGCAGAGGCUUUAAAGUACAUUCCUGCAGGAUAUAAUGUGGGGGAACCUCUUGAAGGAGACAGUGUAAUUGGGAUUGAGACUACAGGGUCACAGUUGCCACUGAUGAAGAAAGCAGGAAGGCCACCCUGUCCGCUGUCUGCCAAACUGUAUCAGGCUCAGAGAGUGAAGUCUGUGUCUUCAGGGGAACUUGUCAGACUUGUCAGAGAGGCUGUGAUGGAAAUCAGAAAUCCCCAUCCCAAGAUGAGUGAGGUGGUGUGGCCAGAGCACACGAAGAGAAAAUCAAACAGCAGAGAGAUGUUUCUGUCAACUCAGGCUCUGCGUCAUCUCACGCCCAGCCCCUCCCCAAUGGGCAUGGUGGAGGAAGAAACAGAGCACACAGCACAUACAGAUGAACCAGAAGAGGAACAUCCUAUCCAUAAUCAAAGAGAGACACAUGAGCAUGUUUCCUCCUCUGCGGAUCUGAGCUCUGAGGCCACCUCCUCCUUCACCUCAGCCUCCUCCUUGCCUCUGUUGAGACGGGGUCGACCUCACGUGUUUGAAAGCACCUUGACUCUGCAGAGGAUCUCUUCUCUCCUCACUGAUGGUGAGACACAAAGCAAUGAAGAUGAAGAAGAAGAGAGCAGGCCCCCCUCAUCGACUGGUAUGUUGCCACAUUGCCCUGAGCUGGUGCUGACACCAGAUGGCGCAACAGACCCCAUUUCCCUCAGCAACUUGGACAAAGUGGUUUUGGUGGAGCUGUUGCUUUCUGCAGAGGAGAGAGAAGAAGAUGUUAAGACAGGUGUUUUCUCAAACGAAGACUUUCUCAGUGUUGAUGCAGUUUCAGGACCUUCCAUGGAUGAAACUCUUCCUCUAAAUAAGAGUUUCAGGGUGAAUCAAACCCCUCAGCUGUGCAGUAAUGAGGUCAGCCAAUCUGUGCCUUCUCUCUGUGUCUCCCAGGUGGAGAGUCACAGUUUCCUCUCACCUGACUUUGGUAUCACUGACCUGUGGAACACAGUGUUGUCACAAAAGGACCGAUCAGAAUCCCCGCUGACUGACCUCCACCACAGCCUUCUGUUAGAGGAGCCUAUAGCCAGUGGCUCAGGGGCCCUAGCGAGGAUGGAUGAAAAAAGACCUUCUCUUGCAAUAAGUCAGCCGUAUUCCUACAGUCUGCUCAACUAUAUGGAUUUCACUGCAAAACAAAAAGGAAACAACAGAGAUGGCAAACAGGCAGACAAAGAGGAGCCUGCAGGUUGGAGUAGUUUGGGGAAGGCUUCGCAAGGUGCCAUGAGAAGUGGGAGAACACGAUCAAGGAAAGGAAAACGAGUGAAGAGAGCGUAAUAUGUCUAUUACACAAAGGACAGCACAUGGAGAGCUGAACUGAAUGAGAAAUAUAUAUUUUGUACCAGAAAUGUCACGUCUUUUAACAUCCUGAAUAUUUUUUUGAUUCUGAGUCUAGAUUUGAUAAUAGACCUAAAACAAUAUUGUAUCCCAACAUGAACUCAGCAAAGCAAAAUUAACUAAAUCACCACAAAGACUUUUCACCUUGAUGUGGUCCAUCUCUCCUUCCUUAUCAAUCACCUGGUCAGAUUGUUCUGACAGCGCCCAGUGAUAUUGUCCUGCCACACCCUUUUUCGUCCACUGUAACACCACGUGUCAGAACACUCUCAGGAAUUAUUGAUGAAAUCUAAAUUAUUGAAUAUUUUUGUUAAUUGAAAUACCAGUAAAAAUAAUUAAAAAAAAAAAAAAAAAAAAUGAUAAUUCUGCAGUUACAUUAUGGGAUUUUGGUCAGUGCAACAAGAAUGCAUGUUGGUCUUCUUGAAGCAUAAAUUCCCAACAUUUAAAAUGCAGUGGAUGUUGUCCUUGAAAAUGAUUCUGCACUUUAGAUUCUUCACUGGUUUCCUGCUCUUGAAAGAAGGAUGUUUGCUUUGCUGCCAUUGCAUCUCAUGAAAAUUAGAUGACCUCCCAGUGCUUUCUGCCGCCCAUCACUCCCCAUAUUUGCUCAGAGCUCAGGGACUGCAUUUGGGUUAGCAUCCUCCUCCCUCCUUCCCCUCCCUCCCUCUGUGGUUCUGGGGGGUGAAUAACUUAACACAUAUUUCAGCUUGACACACUUCUGCUCUGGGUCUCCCCUGGGUGGCCAGUUCACGAGCCCACACAUGCUGUAUUAUUUAACAGUGGAGUUUGGAGUUCUUGCUGUGUGUGGAUGUGCGUGUAAUCUCCUGUUUGUGUAAAGGCAAGUGCCUUAUGGAGUUGUUAGUGACCUUGCAGGUCUGGCAGCACCUCUGAUACCAGAUGAUGUAUCAGGUUAAGCCAUUUUUUAGACUUUUUGCU